AUGGUUUUUAAGUGGAAUAGUAUGAUUAUUGCUGAUGGGUGUGAAGGGACGAAAUAUAUGAGGUGGCCUUCCGUGCCUCUUGAAGAAAGGUUUGAUGGUGAUAUGGUGUUGCUGUUAGUGUCUGACCCUCAAAUCUUAGGUUACCAAAGGGAGCCACCAUUUCCGGUUGGAUAUUUUACACGAUGGGAUGCAGACAGAUACAUAAGCCGGUCCUUCAGUAUGGCCCAUUUGCAUACAUCUCCUGAUGUUGUGCUCUUCCUUGGUGACCUGAUGGAUGAAGGUAGCACAUCCACAGAUGAAGAAUAUGAAAUCACCUACAAAAGAUUUCAGGAAGUCUUUAUAGAUGCUGUGAAUACCAAAAAAAUCUACAUUCCUGGAGAUAAUGACAUUGGAGGAGAAGGACAAGAUUUUAGAACCAAAGAGAAAAUUGCUCGAUUUGAAAGAUAUUUUGAAUAUUUAACUGGAUCAGUAAAAUAUAGGUUUACAUCAUUCUUCAAGCUGGAUGUCCGCUUCUCAGAGCCGUUCUUACCCAAGCACAAGAAGGUCCUGCAGGAGGUGGGAGAGGAGAUCUACAUGCCUUUCCGUAUCAUUUUGAACCAUGAAUCUAUAUCUCCCAAGCUUAAAAGUCAUGUAUAUCCUGUUUUUGGAAGUCACUUCACUAAGACUUGCAAGUUCUUCCUUUUUCUAAGCUUUUGUUCUUUUUCUCCUUUUUCUUUUCUGUUUCUUUCCUCCCCCCCAUUCCUCUCCCUUUUCUCCCUUUUCUCCCUUUUCUCCCUUUUUUUUUUGCUCUUUUUCUCCUUUUUCUUUUCUCUUUCUACCCUUUUUAGGUUUUUCAUUUUCCUCUUUUUUCCCCCUCUUGUUCCUUUUUUCUUUUCUCUUUCUUCCUUUUGUGGUUCUUGUUAUUUUUCUUUUCCCACACUCUUUCCUUUCUUGUCUUUUAAUUUUUCUUAUUUUGUAUUCUAUUCUUUCUUUUUCAUUUUCAUUCACUUGUUUCUUUCUUUCAUCUUUAUUAUUAUUGUUCUCUUGCCUUUUCCAAUAAUUUUUCCUGAAUUACUUGCUCAUCUUUGCUCUCUUAUUAUUGUUUCCUAUCUUUUUUCUUUUGCAUCCAUUUUUUUUUCGCUUUCUUCUCUUUUUCCUUUUAUCACAUGA